GUUGUUGUAUUUGUUAAAAUUUUGUAAACGAGUAUUACUUUCAACGUGGCAAUGACAGAGUAUUUUUUUUUGUAUCGCUAAGCUAUAUACAAAAAACUGAAUAAAUUUAUCGAACACGUUUGCAUUACAAACUACGUUGAGAAAAAGAUUUAUAUAUAUAUAUAUUUCUUCUAAUUUAUUAUUAAUAGAUUCCAUUAAUAUAAUCUGCAAACGAAUUAUUCAUUAUUUAUUUAUAAAAAAAAAAAAAAAUUAUAACGUGCAUAACUACGUGUUACUGUAUGUUUUAAAUUAAUUUCCAUGAGAGAAGUACGAAUGUCUUGUAAGAGUCUAUGGUCAUAAUAGUCAUUGGCACGGAAUUCUUUUAUCUGUUCCUCCAUGUGUCAAACUAACCAUGUUUAGACGUAUUAAUCGUCAUAAAUAUUAAGUAGAAAUCUGAAAAAUGGUGUCGAUUAUUAAAAAUCAAUUACUUAAACACUUAUCAAGAUUUACUAAGAAUCUAUCAGCUGAUAAAAUAAAUUUUAGUACGUUUAAGGGAGAAGGAGAGUUAACCAACUUAGAAUUAGACGAAAUUGUUCUUACAGAUUUGUUAGAACUUCCUUCAUGGUUAAGAUUAACAAAUGCUUGGUGCAAUCAAGUUUCUUUUCGUAUACAAUGGACCAAGUUAAAGAGUGUUCCUAUUUUGUUGAAAUUGGAUGAAGUUCAUAUCGAAGUAGAAACAUGCGAAGACUUAAGAAAUAUGUCUUCCAAUCAAGGCCUGUCGUCUUAUGCAGGCCCAGCAAAAUAUUCUCUUAUUCAUAAAGUGAUCGAUGGCAUUACGGUUACUGUUAAUAAAGUAUCAGUUACUUUUAAAAGUCCUGCUUUUAUUGCAUCUGUAGAAAUGAAUCGCAUUGUCGUUGAAUCUAAAUCAGCUGCAUGGCAACGUUGUGACUUAAGAACAACAAGACUAAAAGAUCCAGAUCGUGGCCAAUUAUUGAUUUUUAAGGAAUUAGUAUGGCAGACUGUAAGAAUAGAAGCUCAAAGUACUAAAGAUACAAAUCUGACACCUCUUCGUUUACUUACUAACCAAGCACGAUGUUUAAUUACUAUAAAGAAAAGAAUAUCAGAUUGCUUUAUUAUGGGUUCAAGACUGAUACUCAUAUUAGAUGAUCUCUUGUGGGUCUUGACAGACUCUCAAUUAAAAGCAGCAUUACAUUUCAUAGAUUCUUUAGGAGGUCUCAUAGAGAAAGCAACUAUACUAGAACGAAAAACAAAAGCAGCUAGAAAGUUAGAGGUUCUACCAGAAUAUCAAGCACAAAUCUCUCAACAAAGUAGAACAAAAAAUCAGUUCAAUACACCAAUAUCAAAAUUAUUUUCAAAACAUGAUGUUGUAGAAACGUCUUAUCACUUUUGGUCUCAGAGAAUUGAUCUACAUUUGUGUGAUGAUGUUGGUGGUAGAUCAUUACAUCCUGAUUUGAAGGACGGUGGUGCUCUGCAAAUAUCUUUAGUUAAAUUCUAUAUUGAUUACUAUCCGUAUCAUUUGGCAAUGGCUGAUAGAAAAGAUUGGAUUAAAUAUAGAGAAAAUGUUAUACCUCAUAUUCAAUGGUUACAACAAUCAUUGAGUUCUUUCAGAAGUCAAUUUAUGGAUCUGAUUGAUUCUGGCAGAACGCAACAUUCUCCAUUAACAAGAAGUCAAGGAAAUGUUACAGGCAGUACUACAAAAGGUUCUGGAGAAAGUGUAGAAAAAAAUAGUCAAUCACAGAGUGCGAAUGUAGGAUCUCAAGAUCAGAAAAAGUUUCAAUAUUCUAGCGGAAAUCCAGUAAAAAAUUAUGUUCUCGAGCAGCUUGCAAAAUUAAUGACAACUUGUAUAGUUAUUAGAAUUGAUGAUUUUACAUUAUUCAAAGUAACAACCGCAUCACGUAAGCCUAUACCAAAGGAAUUUAUUACAGCUCAAACGAGGAAGAAACGUCCAUCAGGAGAUCGAGACAGAUUUUGUUUUCCUGAAGAUUUAACUAUUCUUCAUGCAGAAUUCACUUACUAUUAUUAUCCUGGAGAUAUAACUUUUCCAUUGCCACCACCAAAAUUUUAUGUACAAGUACAUCCAAUUCAAGUAAAUUUUGAUGUAUGUUCCUGCCUUUGGUUUAACUCUUUUCUAUUAAAUCUGCACCAUUCGCUUAUGAAAAAGAAUGAGACAUCAAGUUUAAAAAAUAUUAUGUAUUUUGAUGUAAAGAUAGAAGCUAUUCUUCCAAGGAUAGUUUUUGAAAAUCAGCAGGAUUAUCCAAAUCAAAAAGAUAGACCUAAAUCCUUGCACAUUCAGACUUCUAGGGCAUUAAUUACUAAUGUUCGAUCGGUGGAAAGAUCUUCAAGAGCUGACUUAGCACAAUGUUUAAACACGUUUCAAAUGGGCCAAAUGUUUUUUGGAGCUGAAUUCCCAAGCAAAGAGAAUGAUUUUCAUGUCGUAACCGAUAAAUUUUUAGCACAUUGCGCAGGUACAGAUAAUAUCAGAUGUGCACCACCAACAUUUACCAGUAAUUCAGUGAACGAAUUAAUACGACAAUUACAUCGUGAAUUUUUAUGGACAGAAGCGAAAGAUGUUUGGUGUUGCAAUUUAGAACCUGUUUGGGGUGACUUUUUUGGUGCUAGAGCAGUAGGACAGAAUCGUCCGGUACCAUUCUUCGAUGCGUUUCCUUUAACUUUUUGGUGUCAUAUGAAUUUAGAAUCAGUAACUGCAGAAACCGCUUCUUCUGCAGAUAUUCAUGGACUCGCAUAUAUAAGCAAUUUAGUUAGCGUACAAAUAAAUCAUUAUCAAUAUCUUUUUUUAUUAAGAUUGUCAGAGGUUCUGUCCGAAUUGACUACAUAUUUAGCUAUCGAUUCUAAUAAGAUAUUGAACGUUGAAUCUGGUGGUUCAUUAAUUAUUGGUGCGUUAAUACCACAAAUAGAGAUAACUUUUGUAAUGCCUUCGCAUACUCCUGGAAAAGAAAAUUCUGGCGGAGAUUUGGAAUCUGUUGUACCUGAUUCAUCUAGUAUAGCUGAUGAUUUUGCUGGAUCAUCCGCUGCUUGGCACAGUGCUACACAAAAUGCAAAAGUUGACUUUAGCAUAAAGAGGAUGAACACAAGUAACGACGUUGAAACGCCACAAAGUGAAGUAUCAUCGAUGUCUAUGGAUUUUAUUCAUUCUGCCACGAUAGAGCAACCAGUUGUUACGUUUAAGCAGAAUGGCAGUUCGGAAAAACGCGAACGUGAACGUGAUGUACAUACGAGUAUCGCUCAUGAAAAACAACAUACGAUAACAGAAGAAGAGGGUUUAUCGUUAAAACAAGGAGAUGCCAUACAAAAACAUAAUAAACCAGACUUGAUACCAAAUACACCCUUUAUUCCAAAUAACUUUAAUGUUGGUUUAUCUUCUAUGAGAAAAGGAUUUAGUAAUUUAAUGACAUCCAUUGAUUCUGCUUUGAAAGCGUCUCCUGAAGAUGGUAGUAGUGAUACCGUAUCUAUGAGGAGCGAUAUAAGCUCCGAUAGCGAAAAUUAUGCAUUAAUUAAUCUUCAAGAUCAAGACAAAUUGGAAGGAAUAUUUGCAAUUGAUAAUACCAUUAGAAUAACUGCUGUGGAAGAAGCCAGUGAAGUAGUAGAAGAAACACCAGACACGCAAAGUGAAAAAUCUGUUGACAGUGUUUGCAAAAGAAAAGAUAUAAUAUCUGUUACCACGUUUAAACUAUCCAAAGUUGAAUUUAUUCAACAAUCUUCUGGCUAUUCUUCGGCUAUAAAAGUUCAAGUAUCAAAUAUAAAAAAUGAUGAGUGUCCAUCUAUUCCAUGGGACGAAUUUCAGACAAAAUUCAGCUCUCGGUCAAGAGGUUGGGUCGAACUACCAUCAGACUCGGAAUGUAGAACGUGCAUCAAAUUACGUUUAGAUCACGAUUUAAAAAAUAAAGAAGAUUUAUUGAAAUUAUUCCAAGCUAGUCGGAGCAAGAAAACCACUAAUAAAUCAUUGGAAGAGAGUAAAAUAAUCAAAGGGCCAACUGAUAGUAUUAAUUUAUUGGACAAGCAGGGCAUCAUGGAUUUAUUUGAAGAUAAAUUGGAAAUUAAUGUAACUGAUGUAGCUAUGACACUAUCCAUGAGCUCUGUUACAGGUUUAGCAGAUUUAGCAGAAGACGAAAUUAUACCCAAACCUAUCCCAAUGCAGGUGUAUCUCGAAAGAAUAUAUCUUCAUUUGAAUGAAGAUCGGCCUCCAAACAAUAUAACAUCACCAGGUCCAAUUCCCAUACAAUUGAAUAUAUCAAAACUUAGAAUAGCAAGGGAUAUAAGUGGUGCCUUUACUAUUGAACCAGUUGUAACUAUAUUGGAUAAAAAUAAUUCUGAUAAAUUGAAUCCAAACGGUAACCAGCAAAUUUCUAAAAACGAAGAACGUGAAGUAGAAUUGACUUCUCUAAGACAAACCAGUAAACAACUGAAAUCUGAUAACGAAGAGCUCAAACGACGUCUUGGAACUUUAGAAAGACUUUCAGAAGAAAAUACAAAAUUAUUACGUAUAAAGGAAGAAUCAGAUAAGAUUAAAACUCGUUAUAAUUCUGCACAAGAAAAUAUUGCAAUUCUUGUUAAAGAAAAAAAAGCAUUACUAGAAACAAUAACUGAGCUUCAAAAUCAAAUCAUGGGUAAUGGACCAGGAGGUAGUAAUAGAACCUCAUGGUCUAUCAAGAGAUAGCAUACUGGCUGUUUUAAUUGUUCUAAAUGUUGCAGUUCUGGUAAAUCAUGAAUUUUAUUAUUAUUCAGGAUAUAUAUAUCUUUAUUUUAUAAAUGAAAAAUGCGUAUAAUGAUUUUCAAAAUAGUCUGUAGAACUUUGUUAUAUAUAUUAUAUUUUCUUAUUUUAUAUAUAUAUAUGAAAAAAAAGGAGUAUAUGAACUUUUAUAUUUUUAGUUCUUCAAAAGGCUAUAAUCUUGUAUUGAUUACAAUCAGAGCUAUAAACAGGUAUGUACUUUGGUACAGACAAUGAUGAUAGGAAUGUUUCUUCCAGAGUGUGGCUUUACUUGUAACUGUAAUUAUUGUAAUUGUACUAUAUUUAUCUGCCAUAUAAAGCUAAGAACUGCCGUUCAAUUUAAUGCAAAAUGACAAAAUGAGGCAGUAAGUAUAUAUAUCUAAAUAUACGAAAUAACAUUUGCUUUUAUACAAAACAAAAAGUGAUCGUAAUAAUUAAUGUCUGUUUGGCAUUUUUAUUAAUGAAAACGUAAAGACAUAUAUAUAUAUAUAUAUAUAUAUAUAUAUAUAUAUAUAUAUACAUUUAAUGUGAAUAUAUGUUAUGUUUAUAGGUAGAAAAUACAUUUGAUAAUAAAAUUAUUAUUUUGAAGGAAUUGUAAUUAAGAAAUAUUGUAAGGUUUAUUGAGUGAUUAUAUCCUAUUAAUUUUUAGUUAACUGAAUAGAAAAUAUUUGUUUUUAUAUUAAAUAUUUUUUGUUAAAGAUUUACCCGUUCAUUUUAUAUAAUAAUAUAAUAAAUUAACAUUUUAUAUAGUGCAAUAGUUGGUAUAGAUAAAAUCUCACUUGAAUCUAUAAAUGUACAAUAUGAAUUGAUAUAAAUAUUGUAUUUUAUUUAGAUUAGAAAUUUUUUUCAUAAUAUAAACAUUAACAAGCAUCAAGCAAUGAAAACUAAAAAUAAUAUCUUCAUAUGAUAAUUCCAGAUGCCCAAAAGACUGUCUAAUAUUUACAAAAUUUUCUAAAUAUUACUUCUUAUUCUAUCAUUAAAAAUAUUAGAUGAAUAUAUAUAAGUUAUAUAUCUAAGGUUUAUAAUGUCCAAUUAAAAAUAUUGCUUUUUAGUGUUUCGUAGAUGUAUUAUAUGCGUAUCUAUAAUACAGUAGUAGACUAUGUUCAACAAUAGAAACUUUAAUAUAUGUAUAUGCAUACAUUUUGGGACUUGUUAUUUUUCAAUUUGUUUUUACACAAGUUUUAAAAUGGAUUGCUGGUCGAUCCUUGAGAAAAAAAGUAGUAAUAUAUUUUUCUAGCAAAGCAGUAACGAGCAAAAUAGUUGAAAAACAUCUUAUUUCAUCUAUAAAUAAAUUUUUCUUUAUUUGUCCUUAAAAUAGUACAUACAUCUAUAUUAUGUAUAUGCAUAAAAUACAGAAAAAAAAUAUAAGUUUUGAAGAUGCUUUCUUAUUCUUAAAUUAUGUAUGUAUAUAUGUGUGUGUGUGUGUAUAUAUGUGUGUAUAUAUAUAUAUAUAUAUAUAUAUAUAUAUAUAUAUAUCACACACAUAUCAUAUAUAUAUUUCAAAGUACAUAUCAGGUAUUAUAUAGAGGUUUACUUAUUUAAAAUAUUUAACAUGUUCAAUAAAUUGAAAUUACGAAUAUUUGAUGUAAUCUGCAAGAUAAAUGUUGUAACCAUGAAAAAAAAAGAAAUAUUCUAAUUUGAUUUUUGAAACCAAUUGCAAAUAAUAUUAUGAAUAAUCAUAUAUAUUUUAUUAAAAAAAAAAGAGAUGUAAAUGUACUUUUGAAUUUAAUUUUAUGAUUUGGGUUGGACUAUGUAGUUAUGUUAGCAUAGGAAACAAAUAAUUAGAAGUGUGUGUAUAUUUAUGCUCAAUAUUGCAUAUUACAUAAAUAUACACACUUAGGAUCCUUCUACUAUUUUGACUUAUAUUGUAAUGUAUGUAUAUGUAUGAUAACACAAGAUAUUUGGAGAGUGGUACAGUGAUUUAUAUAAUAAUUUGUAUACAUAUGAAGAUUAAUCUAUAAUAUAGACUAUUGUGAGUGUGAAAUGAAAUCAGUGUUUGGGAAUGCUUGAUAAAACUUAUUUUAUAUAUGUAAUCGCAAUAUUCCGCAAUAGCUGUUUUCCUUUCGUUACAUGGUAUAUUCAAUGUGAUGUAAUUAUACCUAUAUAAUUUCAUUAAUAUUCUUUACAAAUUAUGUGUGAUAAGUUUGUAAAAAUAAUGACUUGUUCUGUACGAUUUUACAAUGAAUUUUGAUCAAUAUUCAAAUACUUCAAUAAUUCUGAGCAUUCAGUCUGCGCAAUAUAUCAUUUCGAUAUAAUAUUUUUUGUUGUAGUAAGAGGUCUAACAGUUUUUAAAGUUUACUAAUGUACGUAUAAUGGUAGUUAAAACGUAUAGUUUUAAUUUUAUACUUUUUAUUUUGAGGAUUAUUGUAUUUAUAUUUUACGUAUCUCCGUUACUCACUUCGAAUAGCAUGAUAAUCAGAAUGAUUUUAUUGUCCAUUUUUAAAUAAUGACGAGAAAUUGAGGGAGGUGCUGCUGUUUUUAAAUAUACAUUAAACUGAUUAUAUCGAUGAAGCAAACUUAAAUUACUUUGUAAUAGUUGUUUAGAACAUCCAAUGUGUUUGGAUAUUGUACAGUCAUUAACCUGUUUUAUGCUAUAGAAAUUGAAUUAGAAAGGUUGUCUAUUAGUGAACGAUUGUUUAUUGUUUAUAGUUUCCUCAAAGCCAUAGUAAAAUAGCCAUUAAUAAUAACAAUAAUAAUAUUAAUAUUAACAAUAAUAUUAAUAAUAAUAAUAUUAAUACGAAUAAUAAUAAUAAUAAUAAUAAUAAUAAUAAUAAUAAUAAUAAUAAUAAUAAUAAUAAUAAUA